AUGGCUGCCUCGGCGGAUAUUGAGCAGAUGAACAAGCUCAGAAAGACCCUGGGUCUCCCCUUGUUGAGCGUAAGUGGACAACCUCCACAGUCAUCUGAAGGACCAACAUUCAAAGAAUCCAAAAGAAAAGGCGAGGACGCCGAUGACAGCGACGAUCAAGAUGAUGAUGAUGAACCCGCGUCGACCCUAGAGACCCGCGAAGCCGCCGGGUACGACAACUGGAACCAGCUGCGGGAGGAAGAGAAGAAGCGCGCUCUCCGCGAACAACGGAAAAGGGAAAUCCAAAGACAACGGGAUGCCGAUGCCAGGAUCAAGAAGCUCGAGGGCAAAGGGCUGGGGGACGUCGACGAUGAGGCCGAUCUUGACACCAAGGCCUGGUUGAAGGGGCAGAAGAAACGGCAGUCCAAAAUCGAGCGGGAACGUGCCGAGCGAUUGGCACGCGAGCUGGCGGAGCGCGAACGAGAGGCCGCCGUCGAGUACACCUCCAAGGACCUUGCCGGGGUGCAGGUCGCGCACGAGCUCGGCGAUUUCGACGAUGCCACCGGAGAGCAGAUCUUGACGCUCAAGGAUACCGAGAUCGGCAAGGGAGACGACAGUGAGCAGGAAGAUGUGCUGGAGAAUGCAGAUAUCGUCGCCAGAGACAAGGUCAAGGAGAAAUUGAGUCUCAAGAAGCGGAAGGUCUACGAUGUCAAUGACGACUCUGAGAAGGGACUGUUGGCACAGUACGACGAGAAGAAGCGCAAGGCCUUCACCUUGGAUGGUCAGGGUGCUACUGUCGAAGAACGCGAGGCUAAACGUCAGCAAAUCGGCGAGAGACUCAAGAAUACUGUCAGCCUGGACGUUCUCAAGGCCGAGCCUGUCUCGGACUACUUGGAGAUCAAGAUCAAGAAGCCGAAGAAGGAAAAGAAGAAAUCCAAACGCCAGAAACUGGUGGAUGAAGAUGAUGAUAUCUUUCCCCCUCAAGACAGUGGCAACGGCGACGCCAUGGAGAUUGAUUCUAGAAGCUCGGCCCCCGCUCCGACGAGAUCUCGGACUGCCGAAGAUCAUUUCAACGAUGACGAAGAUCUUGCGAGUGCCCUGGCAAGAACCAGAGCCGCAGUCCUAAAGAAGCAGAAAAGAAAGCCCGAAGACAUCGUCAAGCUGUUGAAACAAGAAGAGGGCGACGAAGCCGAGGCGGAUGGAGAGGCCAAUGGCGGUCUUGUGCUGGACGACACCACCGUCUUUCUAGACAACCUAUCUUCGCGGCCAAAGGAUGAGCAGCCUGAACGGGGCGUGAAGAAGACCAUUGAGAAGGCCGAGUCAGACAGUCCUGCUCGGCAGAUGAAAGAUGAAGAUGAAGACCACGCGAUGGGCGAGGCUUAUAGUGGGAUUGAAAACGAAGAGGAGCUCCUCGACCGAAUCAAGCGCGAGCGCUCCACCGUGACGCCAGAAGUCCCGCACACGGGCCUUGAAGAGGAAAAGACCCUUGAUCAGGGAAUGGGAGCGGCUCUCAGUCUUCUCCGACAACGUGGCCUGCUCAAAGAGAGCGAUGCCGGCGACCGCAAUUCUCUCUACAAGGAUCGGCAAAAAUUCAUCAUCGAAGCGCGCUUGCGCGAGCAUGACAACGAACAGAGAGCUCGAAUGCAGCGCGAGAGAGACCGCCAAUCGGGCAAACUGACAGGCAUGUCUGUCAAAGAACGAGAAGAACAUGCACGCUGGCAAAACACCCAGCGAGAGCACCAAUCUUCCAUCCAGGCGGCCGCCACCUUCAACCGAGAGUACAAGCCCGACGUGCAGAUCAAGUAUGUGGACGACGACGGUAGGAUCAUGAAUCAGAAGGAGGCUUUCAAGCAUCUCAGCCAUCAAUUCCACGGCAAGGGCAGUGGGAAGUUGAAGACGGAGAAGCACCUCAAGAAGAUCGCUGAGGAGAGGAAGCGUGAAGCAACCAGCGUUCUGGACAGUAGCAAGGCCACAGGCAUGAGCAACGCACAGGGCACGAUGGGCAAGAAGAACAAGGAGGCUGGCGUAAGGCUGGCCUGA